UCCUGUUUUAAAGGCAGACUGCUGCUGGCAAGCGGAGGCGCACUGUGUUUAGCCAACUUUUAAGUCGAUCAUUUUUAUGCCUUUAAGGCAGUGAGAAAAAUACACAGAAGUGUAGUCUGUCAUGGCCAACGCGCACCGGAACAACGUGCUGGUCACAUCGUGUCUGAGGAGGCCAGUGGACCCUCAAACGAAGGCGCCGUUAGCCUGUUAUGAGCGCGAGAAAAUGGAACCCAACUCGGCCACAGGUCACAUGGACAACCGGGACUACGAGAAGGAGGCAGAGUACGAGGACAUAGGAUCUGACUUGUGUGAUGGAGACUGUCCUCGGAGGAUGAAGGACAACAAAGCAGGGGCGGCAGAGCGCAUGGACUUGCGUGAGAUCUUCUUCUCCAACGAGGAGUACUACAGCAAGCUGGAGGAGCUAAAGAAGGCUCACCUCCGCACUAUGGCUGAGCUAGAGAGCAUGUACCACCACAAGCUGCAGCGCCACGCCAAGGACCCCCUUGCUGGGGAGACCGGCCAAAGUGCGCUAGCUUCACGCCGUCUGAGGAAGUCGCACUCUGCCAUGGAGCUCCGGAGAGGUUCUGGGCCGUCUGAGUCAUCGGACGAAGACGGUUGUUCCGACGUGGAGAAAGGCCUGCUGUUCUCUCCCAAAGAAUACAUCAAGAACAUGUGGAAGGACUUCAAGCUCUCACCUCGCAUUCGCCACCUGUCAUCCUCUCUGCCGGGAGGCCACAGCAACUUCCAGCCGCAGAAAGAGAAGAGGCAGAGCCACCGGGUGACUGUGCCUAAACCAUUCCGGAUGACGCUGCGCGAGGCGGAGCGGCAGAAGCGCGGCGUGAAGACGCGGGCUGAGAUCGAACUUGAGAACGCGGAGCUGCGACGACAGCUGGAGGAGCUAACCGAGUGCCAGAACAAGUUCCGGGCUAGCCCGGUACCAGCGCAUGUCCACCUGCCACUUUAUGAGGAGCUGAAGGAACGCAACGAGGAACGCCGCAGGACCAUGCGAGAGCGAGAGGAGCACCACCUACGAAGUCUUUCCAAGCCCUUCAGCUUCUUGGAGAGGGAGCGACUGAAGAAGGAGCAGCGCCAGCAGCAGCAGCAGCCUUCUGAGCAGGACCGGGUCAAGCCCUUCAAGGCCAAGCCGGUGCCAAAGUCUGUGUACGCGGCAGCGUCUGGCGAAUUGAGAAAGGAGGAGCAGCUGUACCGCUCCAUCCAGAAGCAGAUGAGAGCCCAGGAGAUGCUCCACAGCUCAUCCAGAGCUCCCAACAUGCUGGACCGGAGACUUUGUGAGAGCAAGAAGAGCAAGGGCAGCGGCAAAGAUGGCAGCAAACAUGGCAACCCAGCCUUCUCCCACAGGCCCCACAUCAACAAGGAAGUUCCAGACUUCAAUGCCAGUUACAAACGCUUUCAGAAGACCAUGGAGAGGAGGAAAGAAGUGAAGCCGACAACAUCGUGUGAGCCCUUUGAUUUGAGGACGUCUCAGAUCUCCUCUCACCGCCAGCGCAUCAUUGCAGACAUGGAGAAGGAGCAGAGCAGCUCGUGCUCGCUGCGAUGGCCAUACAUCAGCUCCCCCAAGAAUGUCCGCACUCCAAACUCUAGCCUGUGUUCAUCCCUGUCUGGAAGCAUGGAGCUGCUUCCUGCCAAAAUCACAGAUGCCACCAAGAAACGCCAUGAGGCCGUGAGACAGGUGCUGGAGCAGAGGAGGAGGGCCGAGCAAGAGGAGGAGCACUGGAAGGAGAGACAGAAGGAGCGCGAGAAGAAGCUUCAGAAGCUGGUGCAGAAGCGUGCCCAUGCCAACGACCCCCACCUCGCGCUCUCACAGACACACAACAGCAAACUCAAAGAAUUCAGGAAACAAGACCGCCAGCGUAGGAAGGAGUACCAGCAGGAGAUCAAGGAGAUUAAGGAGCGAGUGAAGGGGAGGCCACUGUUACUGGAGCAGGUUGCUCAGAAGAAUGCCAAGCAGGCGGCAGAGAAACACUUCUCUGACACCUUGCAUGGUUGCCACCUGACCGAGGAGUUCAUCAGCAGGAAGGCAGUGAUGUCACGUUCACCCCAAGCGGAUGACACUUGCGAGCUACCAGAGUCGGAGGGCAUCGCUUUGGAGCCUGUCCUCUAUACAAAGGUCUCCCUGGACGAUGAAGACCAGGAGGUGGAAUCUGAGGAGAAGGCAUCAUGUCAUGGAAGCGAGGACAAAGACGUGCAUCAAUCCUGUGAAAGUUGUGAUUACUCAGACGACCACGACAACUAUUCUGACGACAGUGAGCAGGAUGCGGAGGAUACUGACAGCGGGAAGCAGGACGAGGAUGAACAACAUCCUUAGCAUCCUUCCAACCUCAUCAUUGAGGACAUAUAAUAUUGUAUCAGUCACUCAUGUUCUAUUAUUUCAUUGAGAUUUCACCAAUAGAUGGUAUAUAGAUUGCUCAAUAAAAUUAACUCAAGUCAUAACUUAUCUUAGUGUUGUAAAUUAGUGAUGUUUACUGUAAAAUGUGUUUGAAAGUUUAUCAAUAAAAUGAU